CUUCAAUUUGCUACGAUAUCAGCCUUAUUGCGUUAUACUAGUUACACCAAUCCUGAUCGCUUGGCAUAGUAGUGUCAUUAAAUUUCCAAGAGAAACACAUUGUCCGAAUAAUAGAGGUUCCGUUCUGAGAUCAUUCUUCUACCGCGAAGUUUGUACGAUGAGCCUGGUGGGAAAUAAUAAAUAAGUGAAUUAUUGAAGAGAGAGUAAAAUUCGUACGGGACGUUUUUAAUUCGACCAAACAUCACUUUGGCGACUAUGAUGACAGUGAAAAUGAAGGAGGGGUUUGAGGUGGAUGGUAUGAAAAUAGGUAAAGUAACGUCAAGAAAAGUUUGGCCAUUAAUGACGUCGCAAGAGACCAGAAAUUGUCUUGGAAGAAUUCGACUUCAUGCUUUGAAUCGAUCUGGUCCACGUGCUGCAUCAAAAUCAAGAUCAUUCUUACGGGCUGCCCUCGAAAAUCCUGCUGAUCCUAUCGACCGCAAUCCGAACGAGACUUUCCAUUGUGCCAUAGGACCUAUUCUGAUAAUAGCUCAAGUCUUCGGGCUGUUUCCGGUCAUGGGAAUAAGUUCCCCUUCGCCAAAGAAUUUGGCAUAUUCAAGGAGAUCGGCUCGCACCAUCUACUCCUUGAUAGUGAUCAUCUCUAUUGCCGUAAUGGCAGGGUUUUCGAUAAUGCACAUGCUGAAGACUCUGAAAGCUGAAGCUUUUGAAUUGAAAGGUGGAAUUACAUCGGCUACGUCAGGUGCUGUUUUUUAUGGGAACAGUCUAAUAGGUGCCGUCAUUUUUCUAUGGCUGGCACCACACUGGGUGGUUUUACAACAGGAUUGGCGAGCGAUGGAAAGACUUAUUAACAGGCUGGGACAUCCGAAACUACGUUGGAAGUUCAAAAUAAUAACCGGAAUUGUUUUACUGCUUGCUUUGAUUGAACACCUGGUCAGCAUUGUAACAAACACAAUAGGAUUUACAUAUGAGAAAACUGAAAACUCAACAAUAGAACAUUUCUUACACUUCUACUCGGCAACGUCUCACCCAUUCAUUCUCAGCAGCUUGGAUUACAAUAUCGCUCUUGGAAUAUUUCUAUUUAUAAUCAGUAAAUUCGCAACGUUCGUAUGGAACUUUACUGACAUAUUCGUUAUGCUGAUAUCGACAGGUCUGGCAGAAUGGUACAAGACUCUUAACGAAAGUCUCAUCAGUACUAUUGGUUGUCAUAAAACAUUAUCGGAAUGGCAAGCCCUUCGCGAAUAUUAUGCGAGCUUAAGCUUACUUGUGAAACAAGUGGAUACCUAUAUAUCACCAAUAAUAUUAUUAUCUUUUGCCAAUAACCUAUAUUUUAUCUGUCUUCAACUACUCAACGGACUCUAUCCUACCGACAAUGGUCUACUAAGUAACCUGUACUACUUUGGGUCAUUUGUAUUUAUGGUAACGAGAACUGUGACUGUCACUUUAUUGGUAGCUAGGAUUAAUGAUCAAUCAAAGCUGGCAUUACCAGUUCUUUACAAUUGUCCAGCAUCCACCUAUUGCAUGGAGGCACAGAGACUUCAGCAGCAACUGUCCAGUGACGACAUAGCUCUGACCGGACUUCGUUUCUUCUCGGUAACCAGAAACUUUAUGUUGGCGGUGGCUGGUGCUAUCGCUACUUACGAAUUGGUUUUACUGCAGUUCAACGUAGCUAUGAAUAAAUGAUUAAGGAGAAUAUGAAGAAAUGCUUAAUAGAUUUGGAAAAAUAAUGCAUUUAAUUGUCAUGUCAUAAAUAUUCGAGGAACUUUGACAGGAAGAUCAAUGCGUUUAGAUUAUUUAAUUAUCAAUCCUGAAUAAACGUCCUUUUAGUUUCCAUGGAGAUGCUUCGUUCGAGAAAUUAUGAGAAUUUAGAGCACUGAAAAGUUAUAAAAUGAAAAUACAAAGAACAGAG